UUCUCCCCCGUUGCUACAUAAUCUAGAGAUUGAGCAGGCAAAUAAGAAGCUCGCAACUCCAGCUCAAUCGACACUUCUACGGGCUAAUAACAGGAGAGCGAAGGGGAUGAGAAGAAGCAUGAUGAGUAGUGGCGGAUUGAGUAGCAUAGGAAUGGGUGCUGAAGAGCCGAGUGUUGAACUUUCCAAAGCAUUCGGGGCAGAUAGGUACGAAAUGAAGCUGGACCUGGGGUUGGGUGCCUAUCGUACUGAAGAUCUGCAGCCCUAUGUGCUCAAUGUCGUCAAGAAAGCAGAAAAGCUUAUGCUGGAACGUUGCGAAAACAAAGAGUAUCUACCAAUAGAAGGUUUGGCUGCAUUCAACAAGGCUACAGCAGAGUUACUAUUUGGAGCAGACAGCCCCGUUAUUCAGCAACAAAGAGUUGCGACGGUGCAGGGUAUUUCAGGAACAGGCUCUCUGCGUCUUGCUGCUGCCCUCAUACACAGACAUUUUCCUGCUUCCAAAAUUCUCAUAUCAUCUCCAACAUGGGGGAACCACCCGAAUAUCUUGAAUGAUGCGCAACUGCCGUGGUCUGAGUACCGGUAUUAUGAUCCCGUAACUGUUGGUUUGGAUUUCCAGGGCAUGAUAUCUGAUAUUAAGGCAGCGCCUGAAGGAUCUUUUGUGUUGCUGCAUGGGUGUGCGCACAACCCAACUGGGAUUGAUCCAACUCCAGAACAGUGGGAAAUCAUUGCGGAUGUGAUUCAGGAAAAGAAGCACAUUCCACUUUUUGAUGUUGUCUACCAGGGUUAUGCAAGUGGGAGGGUCGAGGCAGAUGCAUCGUCGGUCAGAUUGUUUGCUGCACGCGGUAUGGAGCUUCUGGUUGCUCAGUCUUACAGUAAAAAUAUGGGUCUCUAUGCAGAAAGGAUCGGAGCAAUUAACGUGGUUUGUUCCUCACCUGAUUCUGCACAGAGGGUGAAAAGCCAACUGAAACGGCUUGCACGGGCAAUGCACUCGAAUCCUCCGGUACACGGAGCUCGGAUCGUGACAAACGUUGUGGGGAAUUCAGAUCUUUUCAGUGAGUGGGAAGAGGAGUUGCGGUUGAUGGCUGGAAGGAUAAAGAGUGUGAGGAAGAAGCUAUAUGAUUGUCUGAGUGCAAAGGAUAUGAGUGGGAAGGACUGGUCUUUUUUUGUCAAACAUAUUGGCAUGUAUUCAUAUUCAGGCUUGAAUGAAGCUCAGAGGGAGAAUAUGAGGAACAAGUGGCAUGUUUACAUGACCAAGGAUGGAAGAAUGGCCUUAACUGGAGUAUCUCAAGCCAAGUGUGAAUACCUGGCCGAUGCGUUUAUUGAUUCCUACCACUAUGUCCGCUAGGUAGAAGAACAUGGUUAAGUAAUAAAACAUUUAGCCCUGAGAAUUUAGUCCAGGCAUAAUGUACUAGAAAUUGAUCAGUUCAAUAAUAAGGCACCCGAUUGCUGAUGCUGCAUUUACAUUCAA